UCAAGUAUCAUUAUACUGCUUUAACCUUAUUAUGUAUAUAAUAACGUAUGCAUAUAAUCAGUUCUGAAUGGCAUCUUCCAUCUAUAAUCAAUACUCUCAAGCAACUCUACACAAGGCUGGGAUUACCCAUAGCCAGUCGUAAUCAGCAACUCAUCCAGGCUACAAUGUUUGUUUUAAUUUCGGCGAUUUCAAUUAUUCUCAGUUCAUCAGUUAGCAGUGAAUCGGCAAACAAAUUUGAAACCACAUGGGGUUGCUUACAGUACAAUACGAAUCAUGGCUACAGGCAUACACACCCGUAUUAUCCCAUAAGCCGUUUUCGACACUUAAAAGAAACUAAGGAUGGUGUGAAAACCUUCAGGAUGGGUGUUCUUGGCCCCAAUGAUGGACAUUUGCGUAUAGCCCCAAAUAUGUAUCCUUACGAUAAAACCGAAAUGAAUGAGAUCGUUCUAUCCGGAUGGGGAAACACCAAAACCGUUGUUCGUCAUUACACACGAAAUUCACCUCAGGAACAGAUCAGUGAGGUUGUGCUCCGAGAGCAAUCCAGCAUUGGAAUGCUGUCGUACUUCAAGCCACUAAUGUUCACCGUUGCCAUUCACCCUGAAGGGUUGGUGCAACUCACAAAGGAUGAGGAUUCUCGGCCCUUUUUAGAAUAUCGGGAUUCAAAGGUGGCGGCAAACUAUAUUGGGUUCUGCAAUUGGGACAAACCGUUGGUGUUCUUCUACGACUGUCCACUGGAGCUGGAUCAAAGAGCUUGCGAAGGAAUAGUGUUCCGAAAGUAGUGAGAUUUCGCUG